ACGGCGCAUGCGUUCUAUACUGUCAACGCGCGGAAUUGUACAGGGGAGGGAAUCGUUGUGAAGACUUUUUAUACGUUAUUGUCUUGCCACCUGUUUAAACAUUAUUUUAUCCUAUAACGUAAACUAAAGGCACCAUGUGGAACCAAGGGGGAGGGGGAUCAUACGGUGAAUCAAACAUGGGAGGUGGAUACACUCAGUCCCCGGGAGGAUUCGCAUCACCUGCUGCCUCCCAGGGAGGAGAGAAGAAAGGGAGACAACGUGCCCAACAGAUUGUCCCCUGCACAGUGUCCCAGCUCAUGUCUGCUGCCCAAGCGGAGGAUGUCUUCAAAGUGGGAGAGGUAGAGGUUGCACAGGUUACAAUUGUGGGCAUCAUCAGAACCACUGACAAAUCCAUGACCAACAUCCAGUACAAAGUUGAUGACAUGACAGGGGCCCCUAUGGAUGUGAAGCAGUGGGUAGAUACAGAGGAUCCCAGUGUAGACAGCACUGUCAUCCCCCCAGGCACUUACGUCAAGGUCUCUGGCAAUUUGCGCUCCUUCCAGAACCACAGGUCCGUGGUGGCGUUCAACGUCCGGCCCCUUCAGGACAUGAACGAGAUCACCUCCCACAUGCUGGAGGUGGUGCAGGCACACAUGCUGCUCAGCAAACCACAGACUAUUAUGAUGGGCGGAGGAGGGGGAAUGAACACUAGCAUGGUGCCCAUGUCACGGCCGGGAAUGGGUGGCAACAUGGGAGGUGGAUACUCGGGUGCUAACGACAUGUCCACUAACGGCCUGAGCCCAAGCCAGAACCAGGUGCUGAGCUUGAUAAGGAGCUGUCCAGACGCACAGGGUAUCAGCACACAGAACUUGAAGCAGAGUCUCAGCGGCAUGAGCUUGGCUGUCAUCAAGCAAGCAGUGGAGUUCCUCAGCAACGAAGGACACAUCUUCUCCACCAUCGACGAGGAUCACUUCAAGUCUACGGACAAUGACGACUAAAGCAUCUCUCCAUUCCCUGUUAGCACUAAGAACAUGAUCAUAGACUUGGGACCAUUCUCAACACAGUGUGCGCUAUGAGUGGACGAUUGUGUAUAUAAGAAUAACGCCCAAAACCCUCUUAGAAUUUUAAGAUCUCAACACUCUGAAAAUAGAACCAGUAGUCAUUCAUGGAACCAUGAUUUAUACUGAGUAACAUCAUGGGAUGUCUAUAAUCCUGAGGGUUUCUGUGAAAUUAGGCCUUCUUGGUUAGACGGACACAUCCUGUUUCAACUUCCGUUCUGUUAAUUAUAUUACAGUAAGAGUGGCUGCACCACAGGCCAAUGGUUUUUCUCACAGUGAAUGCAAUCGGGGACUGACUAGUUCCUGAAUCAUUGGUAUUGGUAGUUGUCAUUUAAAAAUGGUGAACAGAAUGCAAUUCCUAUUCAGAUUUUUUUAUGUCUCUGUUUUGUUUUUGUCUCUAGUAAACAUAUAUUUUCAGAAAAA